CUCCGCCUCUCUUCGAUCUCUCUCCGCUGAACCAAGGAGGAAAAGGAAAGGUUGGGGUUUUGAUCACUCUUCUACUUCGCAAUUUCGAUCUCAAAAAGAGGAAUCUGCACGCAGCUCACGAAUCUGAUCAAAAUGGCGGAUGAGGAACUUAUUGACCCAAAGCAGCAUCUUGAGGAGCGAUGCAAGCCAAGAUGUGUAAAAACUUUGUACGAUUAUCGGGCAUGUGUUAAGAGAGUCGAAAAUGACGAAACUGGCCACAAGCACUGCACCGGCCAAUACUUUGAUUAUUGGCUCUGCAUCGACAACUGCGCUUCGGAGAAGCUUUUCGAUAAGCUGAAAUGAUGGGAAAAUUAACCAAAUAUUCGGUUGGUGAUGUUCUCUCUGUCGGCCCUUUUUUUUUCCAUGUAAUCCAAUAAUGUUAGCGUAUUUUCCUGUUCAAUUUGUGGCAGGACAGAGUCAUUGUUUUCGCUGCUACUGUUCGAGACUACCUUUGAAUAAUCGCUUUUUUAAUUUCGUUUGGAUUGUUGAUUUGAAGGGAUUGUUAUAAAUUUAUACUGCACAUGCGAAAGUAUUUUAUUUACUUUAUAUAUAUGGACAGAAACUUCAAUGUGUUAA